AUGGCAGAAGCGCUCGGCAUCGCGUCGAGCAUCAUCGCCGUGGUUGAUCUUUCGGCCAAGGUACUUUCCCUAUGUUUGCAAUAUUCCCGGGAGGUGAAGAACGCCAAGGAUGAUAUCGAUAGGCUCCAUGACGAAGUUGCUGCCUUUCAGAACACGACCGAGAAGCUCGAGGCUCUCCUCAAAGAGCCUCGUGGGAUGGAGCUGAAGGCGUCUCAACAAUUGCUAUCUUCAAUAGAAGAUGCUCACUCAACGCUAGAACAGCUUAAACAUCGGCUCCGACCUUCGACUCACCGAAAGGCAAUGAGCCGGUUUGGUGCGCGUGCAUUCAAAUGGCCAUUUGAAAGCAAAGAUGUCGUGGGAGUCAUUCAAACCCUGGAGCGCUGCAGAGGAAGUAUUUCUUUGGCGUUGAACAUUGAUCAGAUGCAAAACGUCGAUGACCGAACGAUUCUCAGUCAACUGCCUGCCGCGGAAGGAGCUUCAUUCGACUCCCAUGCCGAAGAACACAACCCGACGUGCUUGCCAAACACGCGUGAGGAGCUGCUCAAAGAAAUCGACUGCUGGAUUGAUGACCCUAAAUCAAAGACAAUAUUCUGGUUAAAUGGCAAGGCUGGAACAGGAAAAUCGACCAUCUCGCGGACUGUCGCUCGUUCGCGAUCCAAGCAGGGUGAUCUCGGUGCGAGCUUCUUUUUCAAGAGAGGAGAGGUCGAUCGAGGGAACUUGUCCAAGUUCGUGUCUACAGUGGCCCGUUGUCUGGCUUGGAGCACCCCGGCGGUUGCGCCGUACAUCAGGAGUGCCGUCAAUGCUGAUCCAGCGAUUGCUGACAAGGCUGUUCGAGAGCAGUUUGAGAAGCUUGUUCGAGAGCCGUUGUUAAAAGCGACGGCAACGUCGUUAUCUCGACCAUCGGUUUUUAUUGUUGUUGAUGCGCUGGAUGAGUGCGAGAAGGAUGCUGACAUCAAGCUCAUUCUUCAACUUUUCUCCAACUUACGCUUCGCGGGUCCUUUAUGUGUCCGAGUGCUCGUUACUAGUAGACCCGAGCUUCCCAUCCGUCUUGGAUUUUCCUCCAUCGGCAAUGCCCACCAAGAUCUGAUACUGCACAAAAUCCCGCUGCCGAUCAUUGAGCACGACAUAUCUGUCUUUCUUCGGCACGAGUUCGCCAACAUUCGCAACAACUUCAACACGGAUGCAGUAGAAGAGCUGAAACUACCUAUGGACUGGCCUGGGGAAGCCAACGUCGGGAAGCUCACUAAAGCGGCGGUGCCUCUCUUUAUCUUCGCCGCUACUCUUUGCCGAUUCAUCAACGACCGAUAUAUCGGAAGCCCUGAUGAGCUUCUGCAGAGCGUGCUCAACGUCGCAGGUACUGGUCAAGGCUCUAAGCUCGACAUGACAUAUUCGCCAGUUCUAAGACAACAAGUACUUCAUAGGUCGGGAAGCGAGAGAUUGGACAUCAUCGAGAGCUUUCGCCUUAUCGUCGGCACCAUCGUCACACUGGCUAACCCAUUGUCAAUGCGUGCUCUUGCGCUACUUCUCGAUGUUCACGUCAGUAAGGUAACGACUAGGCUAAGUGCGUUGCAUUCGGUUUUGGAUAUCCCGGAAACUCUUGAUGCGCCAGUGCGACUGCUCCAUCUAUCGUUCCGGGACUAUCUCGUAGGCCUGGAAGAAAGAGAGUUGGCCGAGUUUCGAGUAGAAGAAAGACAUACUCACCAGAUAUUAGCAAAACACUGCUUGCGCAUUAUGCGCGGCGGUUUGCAGAAGAACAUAUGCAGUCUACCUUUCCCAGGCAUGCGUCGAUCUUCAGUAGACUUUGGGCAACUAGAGAAGAGGAUGCCCUCACAGCUCCAAUACGCUUGCAUGCACUGGGCGUAUCAUCAGACGUCAGGUGAACCCAAGCUUAGCGAUGACAAGGAUGUUUAUGGCUUCUUGACCACACACUUCCUGCAUUGGCUUGAAGCGAUGAGUUUGCUCGGACGAGUCAAGGAAUGUCUUGACACCCUGAGGUUACUUGCGAGAUGGGUAGAGACCCUAGAGGGCUCGAGCCUUUCGACCUUUGUGGCUGAUGCAGAGCGCUUUGUUCAGGCCUACUUUUCCGUGGCUGCUGAAACGCCGCUGCAGAUUUAUUGUUGCCUGGCUUUUGUCCCAAGGAAGAGUGUUGUGCGAAGGACAUUCGAGAACUUUAUUCCAAAAUGGAUAAGCAAUUUGCCAAAGGUUGAGGAAAACUGGGAUGCAUGCUUGUUGACUCUCGAGGGCCAUAGCAGCUGGGUCAGGUCGGUGGUGUUCUCGCACGACUCGAAAAAGGUGGCAUCGGGCUCUGAUGACGAGACGAUACGGAUCUGGAAUGCCGAGACGGGCGAGUGCGAGCGAGAGCUAAAGGGCCAUAGCAGCUAUAUCAGCUCGGUGGUGUUCUCGCACGACUCGAAAAAGGUGGCAUCGGGCUCUGAUGACGAGACGAUACGGAUCUGGAAUGCCGAGACGGGCGAGUGCGAGCGAGAGCUGAAGGGCCAUAUCAGCAAUGUCAACUCGGUGGUGUUCUCGCACGACUUGAAAAAGGUGGCAUCAAGCUAUGAUGACGGGACGAUACGGAUCUGGAAUGCCGAGACGGGCGAGUGCGGAGACCUCGUAUCAUUGCAUGGCUAUGCAGGUGUUCUAUCUUUUACGCUUGAUGGGCGUGGCAUUGUCACAGACUGUGGUACAUUUCCCCUGACAUGCAGCUCACAAUCUCGCCCCGGUUCUGCUAUGCCGUGGCAAUCUUCGCAUGCCCCGAUGCUUGCCUGCACAGACAGCACCUGGGUCACAGCGGCCGGAAAGGACUUACUCUGGCUGCCUCCCGAAUGCCGCGGCGGAAAAGUAGCUGUUUCGGGAAGCAGAGUUGUGAUAGGUUGCCUAUCAGGAAGAGUCUUGGUAUUGGGGAUUUCUAUGGCGGACAUGGAAUACAACUAA